GUCAAUGUCAAAUCCACGACGGCUGACGGCGGCGGCUUGUGAUAUUGUGAACGAAUUUGAAAUGCGAAAUACAAACCAGGGAGUGGAUUAAUUUAAAGCGUAGUUUAUGUUUUUUAUAAAAUUACUAUACAAACAGUGAAAGGAGUUUUAGAUAUUGUUUAAUGAUAUAUGUUACUAAUAUAUUAUGGAUGACCAAGCAUGUCCCCGUUGUAAAACUACAAAAUACCGAAAUCCAUCCCUAAAGUUGAUGGUAAAUGUUUGCGGCCACGCGUUAUGUGAAAACUGUGUUGAUUUACUGUUUUUAAAAGGAUCUGGAUCAUGCCCUGAUUGUAAUGUGCCCCUACGUCGAAGUAAUUUUAGAGUUCAGCUUUUUGAAGAUUCAAUGGUGGAAAAGGAAAUAGAUAUAAGGAAGAGAGUUCUUAAAGACUACAAUAAAAAAGAGGAAGAUUUUGCUACGCUGCGAGAGUAUAAUGAUUAUUUAGAAGAAAUAGAAACAAUUGUGUACAAUUUAUGUAAUAAUAUAGAUAUUGUGGGAACUAAUAAAAGAAUAGAACAGUAUAAAAAAGAUAAUAAAGAAAUAAUUAUGAAAAACAAGGCAAAAAUAGGUAAAAUAUUAAUAAAUAAAUAGGUUAAGCUUUAAAAGUUUUAGUUAAAUUAUGAUAUUUCUAAAUUUCAGGUAGAGAAGAGCUUGAACUAGAAGAGAUCUUAGAAAUAGAGAAGCAAAUGGAGGAUCUUCGUCGAGCUGAAAUAUCCAGAUUAGAACAAGAAGCAAAAAAGCAAAAGAUAAGAGAGAAAGAAGCACUUAUAGAUGAGUUAAUGUUUGCGGAAGGUGAUGCUAAGGAUAUAUUAAAUACAUUUGCUCAAAGUAUUGCUAAAAAGGAAGAAGUUGAUGUAGUUCCAAUAGUGCCUAAGGUAACACAGUUUUCAACUGGCGUGAAAUUUUCACGUGGCUCAGGCAGUCAGCAUAAUGUCCCAGUAAUAGAGGAAGGUCCAUUAUAUAAAUAUGAAGCACCUAUUAUACCAGACAGAUGCGGUCCAGACCCACCGUCUAUACAAAAUAUUAUCAAUGGAGGGUAUCUGCAUCAUGUUAGGUAAGUAACUAAUAAUUUCAUUCAUUCAUGCAUUAAUUAUCUAUCUAAAAUCCACUGCUGAACAUUGGCCUUUAUAUAUUUGCCCUAAUCGGCCGGCAGGUUUGCAACCACAGCAAAUCGUUUUUUAUUAUUGUAAGUAAUUAUCAGGGAGAUGGUGCUGCCCAUCUCCUGUUUCAUUUCCACCACACUCUUACAGAAUACCAGCGUAAAAUAGCAGCUGAACACUACUGUGUUUCGUAUGGUGAGUGUAGAGAACCGGAGACCCUUUUUACUGGAUAAGAGGCAUGCCAUCUUAGUCCUCACGGGUGACAACGCAUCUGUAUUUUGAUUCGCAAAUGAGGAUAAAUGUAGAUGUCUAUGGGUCACACAUAGAUUACCCCCUAAUAGAUUCCGCAUACAGGGCCACAAACGCCCGCAACACAUACUUGCUGUAGCUAGCAUACGAAGUGAAUCACGACAUCAGUAUCGACCAAGUUUGUGAUCCGUAGGCUCGUCCGAGUUCUUGACAAUUUAAAAAUAGUUUUGUAUCCAAAAUACAUUACAAAUGGCUUCCUGUGCAGUAAAAUGGUGUGACAAGUCAGCUAAGACAUCCAGUUAUCAAAAAGAUGGCAUAAUUUUUAAUUGGUAAGUAAAUUCUAUUCUUAUCACGUUAACCUAUUUCAAAUGCACCGGAGAUCAACUUAUACUGGAAUAUUAAUGGUGCAAAGUGAUAACAAUUAAGCACCCGUUGAUGUCUUUUUGAAAUGUCCCUUUCACUCGUUACGGAAAUUACAAUAGUUGUCUUUGUCUAACAACAGCACGUGUAUCGAUAGUGUUGUGAUUUUUAAGUCGAUAUUUGUUUGGUCAUGGUUUAAUUAUUUUUUUCGAAGUCAUAUUAUAAGAUUAGUACUAACGUAGAUUACACAAUAAUAUCAUUAAGUGGUUGAGUGAAACAUGAUAUUCUUAUAUUUAGGUAAAUGUUACACGUCGAAAUCAAGCAAUUUUUAACGGAUUUAUAAAUCAUAAAACUUGUAAAAGUUAUAAUGUGAUUAUUGUUUUGACUUGGUAUUUAGUGUUACAUGAACAGCAUACAGGCAUCUGAACAGACAGAUCUCCAAAUGCAUGCGGCGGGACUUACGCAACUUCAAUACAGCUCGUAUUGAAGAAGCGAUCGAGCGGAACCAAGGCUCCAAAGUUUUUGCCAGAGAUCUGUCUGCCAGAAAGAGCCAACUGUCAAAGCUGAAGACCGAAUGUGGCAGCAUCGUUUCCGGGACACCUGAGAUUUUGAGUGAGAUUGAGAGGUUCUAUGGGCAGCUGUACACGUCAUCGUUUGAGCCACACGCAAGUGUGAGUAACGAUCCAAGAGCGAGUCUCAUCCGACACUAUUCCGAAGAUAUCCCGGACGUCAGUCUGAGCGAGAUUAGAAUGGCUCUCCAGCACCUUAAAAACGGUGAGGCCCCAGGCGAGGAUGGAAUUACAGCGGAGCUUCUGAAAGCGGGUGGAAGACCGGUACUUGAAGUCCUUCAGAAGCUCUUUAAUUCCGUCCUCCAUGGUGGCAUUACACCGGAGGCGUGGAGCAGAAGUGCGGUGGUCUUGUUCUUCAAGAAAGGUGACAACGCUCUCUUGAAGAACUACAGACCGAUUUCCCUUCUGAGCCGCGUCUACGUGCUGUUUUCGAGAGUUAUUACGAAUCGUCUCGCGCGCAGACUUGACGACUUUCAGCCUCCCGAACAAGCCGGUUUCCGAAAGGGCUUUAGCACCAUAGACCACAUACAUACCCUUCGGCAAAUUGUACAGAAGUCCAAAGAGUACAAUUUGCCACUAUGUCUGGCGUAUGUGGACUAUGAGAAAGCCUUCGAUUCCGUCGAAAUUUGGGCGGUGCUGCAGUCCCUUCAGCGGUGCCAAGUUGACUGUCGGUAUAUCGAAGUGUUGAAGUGCUUGUACAGUAGGGCUACGAUGGCUAUCCGAGUACAGAAUCAGAGUACAAAACCUAUCCAAUUGCAGAGAGGUGUAAGACAGGGUGACGUCAUAUCCCCGAAACUCUUCACCGCUGCAUUGGAAGACGUUUUCAAGCUUCUGGACUGUUUAUGUUUAUGUUAAUGUUUACCUGGGACAAAUAGUCCGACUAGGUAAGUCCAACUUCGACCGAGAGGUCAAUCGACGGAUUCAACUCGGCUGGGCAGCGUUCGGGAAGCUACGACACAUCUUCUCGUCAGACAUACCUCAAAACCUGAAAACGAAAUUGUACAACCAGUGCGUGUUGCCAGUGAUGACUUACGGAACUGAGACGUGGUCCUUCACUGCUGGCCGUAUGAGGAAGCUCAAGGUCGCUCAGCGAGCUAUGGAGAGGGCUAUGCUCGGAGUUUCUCUGCGUGAUAAACUUAGGAAUGAGGAUAUCCGCAGUAGAACCAGAGUAACCGACAUAGCCCAACGGAUUAGUAAGCUGAAGUGGCAGUGGGCCGGCCAUACAGCUCGAAGAACCGACAACCGAUGGGGAAGAAAGGUUCUCGAGUGGCAGCCUCGUACCGGUAGGCGAAGUGUAGGGCGUCCCCCCACGAGAUGGAGUGACGACCUGGUAAGACAUGCAGGAAGUCGUUGGAUGCAGGUGGCUCAGGACCGUGCUUUGUGGCAUUCUUUGGGGGAGGCCUAUGUUCAGCAGUGGACUUGUGAAGGGCUGUAAUGAUGAUGAUGAUGAUGAAUUUCAGUAUUAUCUUAUUAUAAUUAUUAAGUACAUCUAAAUUUGGAAGACGUGCCGUAUGGUGUAUUAAUUAAUAAUACUAUAUCGGUAAUGUUUUAAAAGAAACGAAUAUGUAUUUCUGAUUUAGAUUACUGGUUCACCGCUGAAAGACGCGAAAAACCCGCCAACACCUAAAAAUCAGAGUCAUUGCUUAGAAACGUUUAC